GUUUUCAUUUAAUGAUUAUAUAAACAAAAAAUAUUAAAUUAUAUUUACCGGUAGUUUAUCUCAUAAUUAAUUGUGUUUUUCAAUGGAAAUUAACGAUGAAAUCAAGGAUAAGUUGGAGACAAAGAUCUGGAAGAAAGUAGGAACCGAUAGGAGUGGUUGUAUUAGCACAGGUGAAAUCUAUGAGACAGACAAUGGGUUGGUAUUUGUGAAGAAGAGUACAUCUGAAGAUGGAUUUAUGAUGUUUAGCGGAGAGUUUGAGUCAUUGAAGACCAUCGAUGACACCCAUACUAUUCGAGUGCCCAAACCAUUACAUGUUGUGCCAGAAAUCAGAGGAUCGGGAGGUGCUAUUGUUAUGGAGUAUCUCAAUAUAUUAUCACUGAGACAACAAUCUGGAAGAUUAGGUGAACUAUUAGCACAAAUGCAUUUGUUUAAUACACUUUUGGGUAAUAAGAUUAAGAAAAACGAGUCUUGGAUUGGAAAGAAUAAGGAUUUAGAUUACAUCUCACAGUUUGGAUUUCAUGUGACCACAUAUUGCGGAAGUAUUGCCCAAAACAAUGAUUGGGAAGAAGAUUGGAUUCAAUUUUAUGCCAGAAAUAAACUGAAACAACAAAUAGAUUUGAUUGAGAAGAAUGAGGGAAAUCGAGAGCUCAUUGAGUUGUGGUCUAUAUUACAGAUGAAAAUCGAUAAGUUUUUCACUGAUCUUAAAGAUAAGUCUAUAAUACCAGCGCUACUUCACGGGGAUCUUUGGUCAGGAAAUGCCGCCCAAACAGUUGAAGAGCCGGUUGUUUUUGACGCGUCUUCUUUUUAUGGACACUCGGAAUUUGAUCUAUCGAUUGGUCAUAUGUUUGGCGGAUUUAAUCGAAACUUCUAUGAGUGCUAUUUCAACAAAAUACCAAAAUCUUCGGGAUUUGAUAAACGCGACAAUUUGUAUCAAUUAUUUCAUUAUUUAAAUCAUUGGAAUCAUUUCGGUGGUCAAUACAAACAACAAUCACUUUCACUGAUGCGUCGAUGCGUUGAAUCGCUCAACAAAUAACUGAUUGUUGUCUUAAUUGAAACAACAUUUAAGACAUGAAUUUGUUUAACGUUUUUUUCGAUUCAACUUUUGUGAAGCCAUUCCUCGCAAUAAUAACUCAUUUUC